UGGUAUUGGCGGGCCAACUCUGUCAUUUCUCCACUCCAGAGUAGUUGGCUGAGUGUUGUAAGCGAGCCGACCCAAGUGUUGCAACCGUCUUGAUUGAGGCAAACAGGGGAAAGUAGAAAGCUGACAGGCAAAAAAAAAGAAAAAUGGCGGUCCAGGUGAGGUGACCCUGCUGACACUGUCGGCCUUCCUUCCCCAGUAUUGGUAUUGAUUGACAGAUAUCCAACCCGAUGUGCGAUUUGAGCCCUCCUUUCUCGAUCGCCUCCUUUCAGAGAUGGAAUAAACAAAAGAAGAAAUAUGGGUGGAUUGGUUGUUUCGUGCCUUUUAGGCUGGACCCGACCUCCACCACCACCACCACUCCUCAUCCCUCACCACAGCUUUACCCCCCCUCGACCUGGUCGGCUGGUCCUCGCUUCCUCAUCAAUCAAACCCACCGUUCCCCAACACACGCACACACACACAGAGCUAGAUAGAUAGAUAGAGAGAGAGAGAGAGAGAGAGAGAGAGAAAGAGCAGGAGGCCGAGGAAGCUGCUUUUCGUUCGAUCGAUUUCUCCUCUCGGAUCGUCCAAACUGAUCGAGAUCUGGGCCCAUCAUGGGUUCCUCCAUUAGACCGUCGGAGAGGCCAAAAUCCCUGCACGAGCUACUCGGAGGAGGAGUCGUGGCAGAUGUGAUGCUGUGGAGGAGACGGAAUGUCCCAAUUAAGAUAUUGCUGGGCUCCCUGGCUGCUUGGUGGGUCUUUGAAGUAUCCGGAUACACGGUCCUGUCCCUUCUUUCUAAUGUGCUGCUGCUCUUGAUUUCUAUUCUCUUUGUGUGGGCAAAGGCAGCUUGGAUUCUCAACAGACCCCCUCCACCAAUGCCAGUGAUGCGCAUCUCAGAAGAAGUGAUCAAUGAAGUAGCCCUCCAUAUGCAUUCAAUUGUGAAUAUGGUUCUUUCAAUCUUUCAUAACAUUGCACUUGGAAAGGACACAGAGCUUUUCUAUGGAGUUGCUGUAUACUUAUGGCUGAUAUCCAUCAUUGGUAGUUUAACCGACUUUCCUACUUUGUGCUACAUAAGCCUUGUAACUGUUCUUUCAGUCCCUGCAUUGUAUGAGAAGUAUGAAGAUUGCAUUGACAAGUACCUUGAUUUGGCCUACACCGAGUUGCUGAUGUACGAGAGAGUCUAUGAGAGAGUGUGUUUUCAGUGGUACAACAAGGCCAAGAGAUUGAUUAUGGAGAUAACGAAAGAAAGCUGAUGCAAGCAUUUGAUCUCAAAUUGGGGAUUCUUUUUUUUUUUUUUUUUUUUUAUAACUGCCUCCCUGUUUACUCUGACACAGUUCGAGGCUUAGGAUUGCAUUAACUCAUCAGCAGUUAUAUUCAUUUUUCUUGUAAAAAGAGUGCACGAAGUGUUGUUUGUUCUUUAUUUGAAUUUGAUAAGAUGGUUGUGUAGAUAGAAGUUGGGAGUGUGAAGGGUUUGUGUGCUAGUUGUGCCCUUGGAUAGUGAAAUAGCUGAUACCUCAGCUUUUAUGGUAUCUGCCUGCUUUAGUUUUGAUAUGUUUGUCGAUUGAGUGAUUGUAGACGUUUCUUUGUAUUUGUUGAUUUCAGUUUCUUUCCUUUGGAUGGUUCCCAAAACAUUUAUUGGAACGCUUUUCUUUGUUGUUAA